UCAAUGAAAGUUAUUUUAUUCUCUAUUUCUUUAGUUUGCUUUUUUUAAUGUCUUUCUAGAAUUUUUAGUUAUUUUCAUAGUCUUGUUAGGAUUCUAAUCCAGCAUCCUAACAAUUGGUGUUUUCAUUUCGAUCUCAAUCUCCCAAAUUGUAUGGCUGUUCCAGUGUUCUAUGGAGAAGAAGAAGAUGCCUAUUGGUGGAUUCUAUGUUUGGAGAAAUUUUUCAAUGAGCAUGAAACACCCAAAUCAUUGAAGGUUUUAAAAGCUGUUGGAGCAUUGAGAGGUUCUGCUUUCACAUGGUGGAUAGGGUGGUGUCGUGUUCAUCCGAGAUAUAAUUGGGACACAUUUACAAUAGCAUUGCUAUGGCGUUUCAAGCCAGAGUGGAGACCCAUUUUACCGCUUGAUGAUGAAGAAGAGGAACCAACAUCUGAAUCAACGGAGGAUGUAGAAGGAGCAUCAGAUCUGUCCGGGAAAUCUUCUAAAGGUGAAACCUUGGGUGGAAUUUCAAAAGAAACAAAAGAGGAAACGGAAGAAAUCGAAGAACAAUCCAUUGUUGGUGAAUCUGCUGUUGAGAAGAUUCUCAAAAAGCCCUGUGUUAAUAUGCCUCUUCUCUACAACAAUGAUGAGUUUACGAUUUCACCAAUUCCACCAAAACCACCCGAUUCACUGCCGUUGAGGGUUUCCAAUGCCACUAUAUUUCAGCCUAAACAAUUAGACUCCAUUUCAAAGGAGAUGCAACGAGUACCAAAACCAUCAUCUACAACAGUCAAGCUUCCAUCUCCUCUUAUUUUGUAUGACUCUCCUCAGAUAGAAACAAAAUUUCGAGUCUUGCAUCCACCCCAAGCACCGCCGCCGAAACCACCAUAUUUCAGUUUUGAGCAUGACAUUUCCGUCAUGCCUCCACAACCUUCUCCCAAGACUCUCAGUUUCACCAAUUUGAAAUGCCUUGGUCAAGUCUAAGUUGUACUAGCAGGUGGAAAGCAAAUUUGUCACGUCUUGUCUUUUGGCUCUCUAUGCAAGCAUGACACUUCAUGAAAAUUGAUGCCAGCUGCUACCAACGUUAACAACAGUACGAAGUACGAAAUGGGCACCCACUACAAGAAACCAUCUGGAUUUUUUUUUGGGUUGGCUUGGAAUUUGAUAUUAUUUUACAACCUUGAGGACAAGGUUGUUUUUGAAGAGGGUCAUGCUGGGGCAGCUAUUGCAUAUGGAUCUCUACUUCUUAAAGGUGUGAAAAUUCCAGAAUCAAUAAUAAAAUUCAGUUUGAAGAGAGGUCCGGUUGGUCAAAAACGAGGAAAGAGCAAAGAAAAUAUUGGUAUUGAUCCAGUAGAGAUGGCAAAAGAAAAAUUUCAGAUAGCUGCAAAAGCAGGAUGUGAUCUUGGAAUCAAAUGGCUUGCAAGGUUAGAGGAGGAAGAGAACCGGUUACUCACCCAACAAUUUAAAAAAUUUCCAUCAUUGGAGUUAGCUUCUCCUUUAGAGGAAAUUGUAAAAAAUUAGAUGAAUAAUAUUAGUAGGAACACACAUUUUUCAAUAUAUUUUUUAUGGAUUAAAAUUCAUGUUUAGUGGAACCCAUGUUUAUUUUAAUUAAUAAAUAUAAGUGUUGAGAAAUGUGAGUGUGUUCAAAUUAGGUACAUGAGAUAUGAGAUGUUAGCUGUACUUAAUAAAUAACAAUUUUUUAGUGUACCAAAAGAUAAAAUU